AUGGCGAUUCCACCCGUAAAGAAACGAAUUCAGGUCUCAUUCGUGAUUCGAGAUGAAAAAGAACCAAUGCAUCGUUCAGCAGUUAAUUGUCUGCAGUAUGACCAUCAAACUGAUCGACUAUAUUCGGGUGGUUCAGAUACCAUUAUAAGAAUUUGGAAGACGCCACAUAUAGGCGAAUAUUUUCAACAAAAUGGUAGAAUGAAUGAUUUUCAAGAAAGUAAGGAAAAAAUGGCCUCAUUACGCGAUUUAUAUGUGCAAUCUAUGGAACAUCAUACAGAUUGGGUGAAUGACAUGGUGUUGUGCUGUAGUGUAAUUUCUGCAUCCAGCGAUACAACGGUGAAAGUAUGGAAUGCACAGAAAGGUUUUUGCAUGUCUACGCUUCGAACACAUCGUGAUUAUGUGCGUGCAUUAGCUUAUGCUCGUGAUAUUGAAAUGGUUGCUAGUGGUGGAUUUGAUCAGCUGAUAUAUCUUUGGGAUGUUGCGACGCUUACUAAACUAACUGCUUUAAACAAUACAGUAACUAGUUUAAGAAAUGGGAAUCGAAUCAUCAGUCAUAAUUCGUCACCAUUUCUUGGGCUCUUUGAAGAAGUUGCACAUAUGGUUAAUAUAAUUCUAGCUAAUUCUAAAAUGUUUGAAGCAUCAUCAUUGACUGGUAACAAAGACAGCAUAUAUUCUCUCGCUAUGAACCCAUCAGGGACGAUUAUCAUUUCUGGAUCAACUGAGAAGGUCUUACGAGUCUUCGAUCCUCGUUCAUGUCAGAAACUAUUCAAGCUACGAGGACAUACAGACAAUGUAAAAGCUAUUGUUAUAAACCGUGAUGGAACGCAGUGCGUAUCAGCAAGUAGUGAUGGUACUAUUAAACUGUGGAGUAUUGGACAGCAGUGUUGUGUAUCCUCACAUAAGUAUCACUCGGAAGGCGUAUGGGCCUUACAAGCUGAUUCGAAUUUUUCAUUUAUUUAUUCGGGAGGACGAGAUAAACAAGUAUUACGAACUGCAAUCAAUGAUUUUAAAACUUCUCAACUGAUGUUUAUGGAGAAUGCUCCGAUUCAAAGGUUGCAAUUAACGGACCCAGACCGACCUCGCGCAAUAUGGACUGCAACAUGGAAUUCUUCAAUUAAGCGUUGGCCUCUUCCUAUUGAAGGACAUCUUGCUAUUGGAAUGGAUGACGACAGCUAUAAUGAUAUGAAGCCCCAUAUUCACGAACCAGAUAUUGUCAUUCCUGGUGCAUCGAGCAUUAAACAGCAAGUUGUUUUAAAUGAUAAGCGACAUAUCGUAACUAAAGAUACCGAUGAUAAUGUUGCUGUAUGGGAUGUAUUACGUGGGAAAAAGGCGUCUGAUCACGGAAAACGUUCAAUGGAAGAAGUUAUCAAAGAAAAUUUUAAAAAAGUUUUCGUUCCAUCAUGGUUUACUGUAGACUUAAAAAGUGGUAUGCUUCAAAUAACUCUUGACGAGUCAGAUUUUUUUUCGGCAUGGAUUUCUGCCAAAGAUGCAGGUUUCCCAGAGCGACAGACAGACACAAAAAUUAAUUAUGGUGGUAUGUUACUCCGUGCUCUUUUUGAACAUUGGACGAAAUCUUUUUCUGAAACAGAUGAAGAAUCGCCAACACAUAAAUUCAAUUCUGUUCCGGAUCAUACACCUCUCAUUCUCUGUGAAUCGUCUGGGCGACCUAUAUUUCGAUUGAUUGUACGAGAUGCCGCCCACGAUACGGAAGCUCAAAUGCUAUCAGAUUUUGUUCCGCCAUGGGUACUUGAUGUUGUUGAACGAAAUCAAUUGCCAAAAUUCAACAAAAUGCCAUUUUUCUUAUUGCCUCAUCCGUCUCUUGGAAUUAAACUUCCUAAAAAAGAUCGUCUAAGUGCGACGGAAAUGCUUCAAGUCAGAAAAGUAAUGGAACACGUUUACGAAAAAAUUCUUAAUGCUGCUAAUGAUGGGAGUUUCACAGAUAGUGGUGGAUCUGCUGCAGCGCAAAUUCUGCCUUCAUCAAUACCUGCGAAUAUUGAGGAGCGAAUCGAGUUAUACUGCCAAGAACAGAAAUUGGAUCCUGAAAUGGAUUUAAGAACUGUGAAGCAUUUUAUUUGGAAACAAGGAGGAGAUUUACUUUUGUAUUAUAAACCGAUUCGAUAA